UUUGUGUCUGAAUUAACUGGUGGUGGUGAACUUACCUGUUGAUUGCCUUUCCUUGGCCAGGGUCCAUACUACAGGGUCUUGGGUGCCAUUUGGGAGUGCCCCUGAGGUGUGCAGCUCAACACACCCAUCUAGUGGCGGAAAUGACACAUUACCUCCCGCCGGUGGCACAGGUGCAGUUGCCCAGUUUGAUCACCAGAUGGGGCUGUUUACAUGACGAGAGAGAGAAUAAAAAACGCUGGCUUGACUUAGCUUAGUUUGCACUAUAAUUUCCAUACUGUUUGAAUUGACACCGGCAUGUUCGAAACGUACCACACAGGAUUGUGGCUGUCAACCACGGGAAAAUCGAGCAUUAUGCAUGCGCACGGAGACUUAAUACAGUUCUGUCACAAUUGUCUUCACACUUGUAAAACUCUGGGGGGGGGGGGGGCUAUAUCAAAAACGUGGCGCAUGCUACCUCAGGCGUCUCGACCUAUCACUAUCUUUGAUAACAAAAUAAUAUAGCGUCCUGAGUCUUCUCCCAUGUGUCUCUGAAAUUGUGACAUGAAGUGAAUAAGCCCUAAGCGUUCGCAGCACAUCAGAGAUCCAUCUGUAGACCCUGGAAUCAGGUCCCUCGCGUCCAUAUGGUCCGAUCGCUAGUGAUCUAAUAGACUGAGCUGAUCCUAGACCACCCCCUCCAUCACCUGGUGCACACAGACCCAGUUUACACGUGUUGACAUGAGGUAGAACAGUGCUACUGGGAUUUCUGACAGACUUAUGGUUCCCCCCCGUUGACACAAGAGGUGAAUCUGGAGUAGGCUGACUUUUACGACGAGACACUGAUCAGUCAUCGGUUGUUUGCUUCCCCUGCACUGUUCUAUUAAAGGAAUAUACCGCGGACAAUGGUUAAAGUUGGUGAUUGAGCACGGUAAACAUCCUAGAUCCGACUUUACCCCCCCCGAGACUCCCUGCCCAACCUUUAGAAAGUGUAAGUUAAUUAAGGUCAGACGCAUUCAAAUCGUGAAAACCCGAAAGGUCGACUUCCAGUCACUGGCGGAGGCUGGGAAUGAAUGUACCCCCCCCCGGGGCGUGGACUUUCAGGUCAGCUACCGUGACAACCACGGCUAAGAUGUAAGUGGAGGGUGAUGCUGGCCCUGAUCCUGGGAUUUAUGCGCUGUUACAUCCAGUGUGCGUACCACGGACGGGUUGUGUAGCGAGCGCUUUGUGGCGGCUGGCCUUUAGACGCAUCGGAGUGGAGAGCUGGGUUGCCAUGGCAAUGAUAAUCAACUUGCAACCCCCGAUUGCUGACCGGGAGACGAGGACGUAGACAACGUUUGAUGAAGGUAGAAAAAGAGAGAGAGAGAGAGAGAGAAGGAAGGAGAUAUUUCGAAAUGAUGAAAUACCUGUAUUGGCCUGAUCAAGGGCACUCUUUAUUUUUACUGAACUAUAAAGAAGAGGGAGAGAGAGAGAGAGAGAGGAGAGAGAGCAAAACACUGAGUGAGGUUCUAAACUAAAAGGUGAGAGUCAGAGGUCAAAUAGGAGUGAUUUUAUGAGGUCAAAUGCCUUGCUCAAGGCCACCUGCUUGGACUACCUAAUGCCCGAGGACGGACGAGUGUUGAUGGACAUAAGAGGAUGUAAAGUGAGAGGAAGACAGGGUUUGGGUGGAUGUAAUCAGAUCAUGAGAAGAGUAACAUAGCUUUCAAAAUGUGAAAAAAAAAUUGAAGUGUGGUUUGGAAAGAAGAGAUGAAGAAAGAAGAUUUAACACAAGGGGAGAGGAAUGGAAAAGUACAAAGUUGUAAGAAGCAAGAAAGAAGACAGGGAGUGUAAGGUUUCUUAUUGUCUUACUAUCCUUAGGGUCUAUAAGAAUCUGAGAGAAACUCAAAUCACAUCUACUGUUGACAAUGAAAAGAUGUCUGAAUGACUCUGUUUUAGUUGGUUGUAUUGUCAGUGGGGUGCUUCCUGGCUUCAUGAUCUACGAGAAACAUCAUCAGACAGGCAGACGGACUGACAUGAAAUACAGAAAGAGAACUGAAUAACAGGCAACCUGUGUUGAGGAGCAGUAGAAGGAAAGUCUCAGCCUGACUUCUCUGAAGAUGUCUGACGCAACUGGACACAGAGGAGCGACAGGGUGGAAAAGAAUAGAGAGUGAGAAAUAGAAAAAGAGAGAAAGUGAUAGAAUCCUUUAGAGAAACAGAGAUGAAUGAGAGGAACGGAGAGGAGGAGAGAGGGAGGAAGAUCCAGAGAAAGGAAGCCUUAGGGAGAGGACACAGUUUCCUCUUUAAGACUGGAUCGCAACUAGUGGAUCCAAUUUGAGCAGUCGCUCCUGGACCGGGGAACAGAGGACGAGAGAGACAGAGAGAGAAUGACAGGGUGAGAGACAGAGAGGGAGAGGGAGAGAGAGAGAGAGAGAGAGACAGAGGGAGUGAAGGACAAAAACAGAGGACGUUCCAGCCUCCGCAUUUCUUGACCUGGUGAAGAGAGGAGGAUUAUCUGCCAGAGAGGAGGAGAGGAGAUUAUCUGCCGGAGAGGAGAAGAGGAGACAAACAGAAGUUCUCCAAAAGACGCAGCACACACUGACUGCACCGCAGAAGGAUUACGGAAGAGAACCAAAACCACAGAGAACCGCCGACCACGGAACCGUUUGGUUACGACCGCAUCCUGGAACGGGGUCGGGAUGGGCCAUCGCAGGAGACGGUGCAUGAGGCAGGUUCUCCGGCUGGCCCGGUACCUCUACCGCUGGCUCUCCGGGACCCUCAUCGAAGGUAACCCAGUGUCCAACCACAGUAAGCGAACCAUUAAACAACGGUUCCUGAAGCUGCUGCCCUGCUGUCACACGAGAACCGCGCCGCUAAUCAGUCGAAACAGCAUAGCAGAGGAUGGGGAGUUGUCUACAGUGUGUUAUAGACCAGAGGGUGUAGAGCAGCUACUACAGCAGACCAAGUUCACCAGGAGAGAGCUGCAGAUUCUCUACAGGGGCUUCAAGAAUGAAUGUCCCAAUGGUGUGGUGGAUGAAGGGACAUUCAAGUACAUCUACGCCCAGUUCUUCCCUCAGGGAGACUCGAGCACAUACGCCCAUUUCCUGUUCGAAGCCUUCGACAGCCGUAAGAGCGGGAUGGUGAGCUUCGAGGACUUCGUCACAGGCAUGUCCAUCAUCCUCAGGGGGUCAGUCACCGAGAAGCUCAACUGGGCCUUCAACCUGUACGACCUCAACAAGGACGGCUUCAUCACUAAAGAGGAGAUGACUGAUAUCAUGCGGUCCAUCUAUGACAUGAUGGGAACUUGUACCUACCCUUGUAUGCAGAAAGACGCGCCCAAGGAGCAUGUUGAAAACUUCUUCCAGAAAAUGGACAAGAACAACGACGGCGUGGUCACCAUUGAGGAGUUCCUUGAAUCCUGUCAAAAGGAUGAGAACAUCAUGCAGUCCAUGCACCUGUUCGACAACGUCAUUUAACGACACGCUGGGGGCGUGGCCUGACGGACGGGACACUAAUUUACCCAGACUCCCUCCAACCUCAGCAGCUGUAACUUCUAUCCCAAGAAACAGGGGGGUUGUUCCUGACAGGACUCACAUCUGGAAUUCUUGUUCGGGAAGUAGAAAGGCCAUUCCUAAUCCCAGCACCCCCCACACACAAGCAAAGCGCCCCACUCAGACCCCCUCUAGGUAUGAUUCGGGAACUGCCUGUGAAGAUUAUCCCGUGAGACGCGUCGAGUCGGAGCAGCGGUACACGAGGGAUCGGCACAUCCGGUGAUUCCCUCCUAACCUCCCCCAGUCCAAACUUCCCGGCGCCACCAGCCUAAACGAUCCACGGCUGGAGUGUGUGAGCCUGGCGAAUUCCCAGCCCCCCAUUCCCAGCCUCCCACCUGGGAGGUACCCCCUCCGAGGAUCGCCCCUAGCCCCUCCCCUCCAUGGACCCCUCCCCUCCGCGGACCCCAAAAGUGACCCAGUCUGGGAAGGUCAAACAAUAGGCAAGUGUGACAUCAUGUAGCACUCCCGCUCUAUGACAUCAUAAUCUCACUGAACAAUGAUGCGUUCUAUUCUCUACGACAUCAUUAAUCUCACUUAACAGCGGCCUGUUUCUUACGAGGUCACAUUCUCACUAAACAGCGGUAUUCUGUUCUCUAACAUCUAGUUGGACAAGAUGGUGGACUGGUGUUUCUUCUAAAUGCAAAAGGCUAAACUCAAGCAGUAAGUUCACUGCCUGAUCUGCACUUGUUAACUAAACUGUACUGUAAUUAGUCCUCAAACGUUUUUGGAAUGUUCCAUCAGUGUUCUGGUAUGGAAUGUCUUUGCGGUUAGAACUUCCCUUCACACUCCAAAACAUGUUGUUUCUGCAUGAUGUAUUAAAACAAAUGCAACUCGUGGUCUAUCAAGGUGCUUGGGCAUUGCUUGGUCUGAGAUAACGUGUGUGUCGUUUGUAUUGACAUGAUGAUGAAGAUGAAAAUUACGACGAAGGUGAAUAAAACCACCAUUGCUAUGCAAACCAAA